UCGAACCUCAAAGUCGCUAACUUUUUUUCAAAAAAUUACAAAAAUGGACGGUUUUUUGGAAAUGCAAAAUUUGCUAUCCGAAUAUCAACAGUCUCACUUAUUAAAAUACUCGGGGGAGUUAACUGAAAGCGAGCGAAAAGAGCUUUUGGAACAACUGCAGUCCAUCGACAUUAAAGAGGUGCUGAAGUUGUACGAAAAAGCUCAGACGAGCGCCGGCGAGAAUAAAAUCUGCGACAGUAAAAUGCGACCGGUUAAAGUCGAAAUCGAGAAAGAUCUGAACGAAAGUUUACUAAACGAAUAUUUUUCCGUGGGGCUUGACGCGAUAGCCCAGAGCCAGGUGGCGGUAAUUGUACUAUCGGGUGGGCAAGCUACGAGACUCGGAUUGCCGUAUCCGAAAGGAAUGUGUCCCGUGGGCCUGCCCUCUGGCAAAACGUUGUUUCAAAUACAAGCAGAAAGGAUACGCAAGCUGAUUAAACUUGCCAAACAGAAAACCGGCCAAGAGGGCCGCGUCAUUUGGUGCUUGAUGACAAGCGAGGCAACCGAUUUGCUUACCGACAAAUUUUUAAAACAAAAUAAGUACUUUGGUUUACCAAAAGAAAACGUAAAGCUGUUUAAGCAACAUCAGCUGCCCUGUUUUGAUUUUGACGGGAAAAUAAUUCUGGAGGAAAAAGAUUCGGUCGCUUUAGCACCUGACGGGAACGGAGGCUUAUAUAAAGCCCUGAAGACAUCGGGCUUGUUAAAACAGUUAAAAGAAAGCGGCAUAAAAUAUGUUCAUGUGCACGGAGUUGACAAUAUUCUAGUCAGAGUGGCCGACCCGAUAUUUAUAGGCAAAUGUAUAAAGGACGGUAUCGAUUGCGGGGCCAAAGUGGUUCUCAAAACCGAUCCCAAAGAACCGCUCGGCGUGAUAUGUCAAAUUGAAGACAAGUACCAAGUCAUUGAGUACAGCGAGAUUCCACCGGAAACUGCCGAGUCCAAGGACGAAGACGGUCAGCUCAAAUUCAGUGCCGGAAAUAUUUGCAGCCACUUCUUCACCUUGGAUUUCCUGGAGCGGGUGUCCAACGAUCACGAGGACUCGCUCGGCCUGCACAUCGCCAAGAAGAUCGUCACUCACGUGGGUCCCGACGGCGACAAGUUCCGACCUACGUCGCCGAACGGCAUCAAAAUCGAAAAGUUCGUGUUCGACGCUUUCGUUUACAGCCGUCGGUUCUUGGCGUGGCGCGUCGAGCGCGGCACGGAAUUUAGUCCCGUGAAAAACAGCGACGUCAGCAAGACGGAUUGUUUCCCGACCGCGAGGAGGGCCCUGAUGGCACUCCACAAGAAGUGGAUCGAGAGCAACGGCGGCGAAGUCAAAGGCGGAGCCGUCGAGAUCUCCCCUCUCCUAUCGUACGGCGGCGAAGGACUCGAAGAGGUCAAAGGGAAAACCUACGGCGACCGCGAUGUACUUUUGGCGGAUGAGGAACGAGCCGAUGACUCACCCACCGAGACUUAAAAUAUUUUUUUACGAACGCGAUGUUUUUUUUACAAAUAUACUAUUACACG